AUGUGUGGUUCAGACAUCUUUCUAGCGAUUCUCGCGGUUUUCUUUCCCCCAGUCUCGGUGUGGAUCAAAGUAGGCAUUUGCACGGCCGAUUCCAUCAUCAACCUUGCUCUCUGCUGCCUUGGCUACGUGCCCGGGCUUUUACACGCCUGGUACAUUAUACUCAAGUACCCCGAACCAGAUUACGAUGACCCUAGCUACGAACCUCUCCCUGGCGAUGCGGAAAACGGUCGCGUAACAUAUUACUAUGUUUCCCACCAGCCGAUCCAGCAUCCCUCCCAGAGGGGCUAUGGUACUUUGCCGCCACAACAGCCCCAAGCAGCAAACGCCCCGCCACAGAACCAGCAGCCUACUCCGAAUCACUCUCAGGAACAAGCCCAAGCUGGCAGCAGCAGCCAGGAACAUCAUGAUAGUCGCCCACCUCCUACCUAUGCUGAGGCCGUGAAGGGAGACCAUAAAGUGCAGGACUGA